AUUGGGGGGCGGGGCCAUUAUUAUUAUUAUUUUUAGUAUUUAGUCAGCAGGGCUGCAGCAGGAGCCAGGAGGAGGAUUCUCUUUUGGAUCUGGUGUGUAGAAUAAGAAUUGAAUAGAAGAAUAAAGUGAAAAAUCGGAGUAAGUAAAUAAUAAGAGGAUGGUGGGCGGGAGCGGAGGGAAUUCCGACAUAUCAUUCGCCGGAACUUUCGGUAGCAGUGCUUUCGCCGCUUGUUUUGCUGAGAUUUGUACAAUUCCGUUAGACACUGCCAAGGUGAGGCUUCAGUUACAAAAGAAAGCCAUUGCAGGUGAUGGUAUAGCUUUACCUAAAUAUAGGGGAAUGUUAGGCACUGUAGGAACAAUUGCCAGGGAAGAAGGUCUUGCUUCUUUGUGGAAAGGCAUUGUACCUGGAUUGCAUCGUCAAUGCUUGUUUGGAGGUUUAAGAAUUGGGUUGUAUGAACCGAUUAAAAACUUAUAUGUGGGCGAUAAUUUUGUUGGAGAUGUUCCUUUGACCACUAAAAUACUUGCUGGUCUCACAACCGGUGCUCUGGCUAUAUCUGUAGCGAAUCCUACUGAUCUAGUUAAAGUCCGCCUUCAAGCUGAAGGCAAACUGGCAGCUGGUGUGCCAAGGCGUUACUCUGGCGCCUUAAAUGCUUAUUCCACUAUUGUGAGACAAGAAGGGGUUAGAGCUCUAUGGACUGGACUGGGGCCAAAUGUUGCCCGUAAUGCCAUAAUCAAUGCUGCAGAAUUAGCCAGCUAUGAUCAAGUGAAGCAGACAAUUCUGAAGAUCCCUGGGUUCACCGAUAAUGUCCUCACACAUCUAUUAUCUGGCUUAGGUGCUGGAUUUGUUGCCGUUUGCGUUGGAUCCCCAGUUGAUGUGGUAAAGUCAAGAAUGAUGGGAGAUCCAAGCUACAAAGGCACAAUUGAUUGCUUUGUAAAGACACUAAAGAAUGAUGGACCGUUUGCUUUCUACAAAGGCUUUAUUCCAAAUUUUGGAAGGUUGGGUUCUUGGAAUGUCAUCAUGUUUCUGACUUUGGAGCAGGCGAAGAAAUUUGUGAAAAGCAUUGAGUCAUCUUGAAUACAAUUGUGAGAAAGUAGUCCGGGUCUGCACAUGAAUAAAUUCGUCAAUGAAGAUCUAAAACGUCAUCGACUAAUAUUUAUAUGGGAUUGAAAACCCUCAGGCCCUUCCGGUAUAAAACUUACCAAAUUUAGGGUAAGAAAAAUUAAAUGUUUCCCGAUUCAAGGAACAAGUUGCAUUUCUUUUUUGAGCAACAGAGCUAUUAAUAAAGUAUUUACAUACAUACAUACUAUUAGAUUAAAUAUGAUUAAAACUAGUUGUUCGUUUUGCUAUAUAUCGUUGGGAUUGAUUUAUUUGUAA